CAACCCCUUGAUUCCCCUUCACCGCACCUCCAACCCCCUUUUCCAAUUUUUAUCUCCAAACAGCACCAUGGCCUCCCUCCCGAAGAGACCUCUUGCCACCGUCAUCUCCAUCGCCGAUACCGCAUCGUGGUACUGCGCUUUGGCCAUCGUCGCCCUCAUCUUGCUGAGCUCCCUCCAAGAAAGCCCGGCGGUCGACGACACGAUCGAGCCGGUGCGCGGUGGAAAGCUCGUCAGCCGGCCUUGCGACGAGAUUUACGUCGUGGGAGAAGGAGAGACCCUCCACACCAUCAGCGACAAGUGCGGCGACCCCUUCAUCGUCGAGCAGAACCCGCACAUCCACGACCCCGACGAUGUCUUCCCCGGCCUUGUUAUCAAGAUCACCCCCUCCAAGCCUAGAUAGAGAGAGAGACUUUCUAUAGACCUCACAUGGAUAUGGAUUCGUGUACGAUAUUUAUUCUUUUUUUUUUUUAUGGUGAAAUAUGAAUCGUCCGAGCAUCACUUGUAUAUAUGAAAUACCAAUAGAUAACUUUUGUAAGAGUUAUCUUGUAUCACCAAGAACAUGAGAUUUAUUUAGGUGGCCUUGUUUUAAUAUUGAUGGAGUUAUAUAUAUCGGUAGUUUUAGAUUACUAGUAGCAACUCAUGGCCAUGGAUUCCAAACUUUGAGUUGAAGCCUUCUUGAGGUGGAAUCUUGUACUUCUCUCCAUGGGGGUCGUUGGGUCAGGUAGGAGGAAGAGAAGAAGUGGCAUCUGUUUACACCGCCUCGCGGAAGACUGUAGACAUUGCAUUUGUUAGGUUGUUUGAUGGAAAGUUGCUGAGGGACCGUCAUAAUUUUAGUUGGCGGUACUGGAACAGGUUAGGUUAAGUAAGGCCACGGUUUGGUGGAACUGAUGGGACCGGGGACGUGGGCCCUCACAAGCUUUGCCGUUGAUCAAAGGAAGCGAGCGUAAGUGUGCAACCGUUUGGGCCCACUAAGGGGCGCAGGCAACCGAACUAGCGUGGAAAUUUUAAUUUAAUUUGAUUGUGUUCUUUUCUUUCACUGUGUCUAUCCACAUCAUGGGAUGUCAGAAAGAAUACCUAACCUAAUUGUCAUUGUCACUAAAGAACCAAGGACUUGCUUUGGGUGGGAGGCACAGGGUGACUUGGAUGAAGAGCAAGGAAUCCGCCAAGACGGAGUGAAUUGACAUGCAUGUGGGGACGUGGCUGUUGAGGCCACAUUCAGGAGUUGAAGAUUAGUGCUGUAGCCUUGUAAAUGACAAAUACAAAGGGAAGUUUUAUGGAUCUUGCUUGGGAGAUCAAACUUUAUCUGAUUCCUUUUUAAUAUAUAUGAAAUUGUCAUUAAUUA